AUGUACAAGUUUUUGGUAACAUUCCUGGGAGUGUUUAUCGUGUUUUCAGUAUGUUGGUCAGUGCAUUGUUCCAAUGUGGACGAUGUUUUGCUGGAGUACGAGAAUUUCAAUAUGGAGGUAAUGGAAGGAAAAAGAUUGAAACUCUUGUUUCACUAUGGCCACCGCCACUUACGUAACCCGAAAUGGUAUUUCAACGGACGUCCUAUUUCAAAAACACGAUGCACUGCCAAUUACGGAGAACUUGUAUGUCCUGCUGUACAGCGUAACGAUUCCGGACGAUAUGAUCUAUGGGCAGUAGAUGGUUCAGAAUAUAGUCAAGCACGUUUAAUGUUCUCGGUGAUUGUCCAAGUAAUUAAGAGUGCUGAGCAUGAUUUAAGUGAAUUGAUAAUACAAAGUGACAGCGUGCAGGCCGUUGAAUCGUUUACACAACCGCUUGGAAGUUGGAAUGAUUGUUUCUGUUCUGGAGUGACGAGCCGAUGUAGAAUGGCUUCUGAUCUGUAUCGCACAAGGAACAAUUUCAAUCUCUCAAAUGCAAUUCCUGAAACGACAUUGCUAUUAGAAAGUGAGACCAAAGAGGAGAACUAUCUCAAAAUACCCUCAUCUGUUUGGAUCGAGAACCUGAUUACGGCCUAUGGAGGAUAUUUGCGUUUUCCAGUUACGGAUGAAUGUUACAUCAAUCGGAGCAAACCCUGCAUACUACUUUUCGACAAGCGGAACAAACACCGAGCAAUUGGAUACUAUUUGUCUCCAUCGCACGAUCAGAGACCGGUGCAGAUUCUCAUGAAGGAGUCUAACUGGCGAUUGGUAUCGACGAAAUAUGAACGUGAUGAUCGGAUACCAGAAGAUACGAUCAACAAAUUUAUCUUUAUGAGUACACUUAGCAACAUAAAGGCCAUUUAUAUUCGUGGAAGAUAUAGGACGCUCGAAAAUAAUAUAAUAACCAUCGAAAUGGCAACUUUGUACGACGAUGGCUUGGGGAAAGUGACUACGGUCGAGGAUUGUUCUUGUCAUCCAGGCUAUGGUGGAUUGUCCUGUGAAAUUUGCAAUAAGGGAUAUGUGAGGAUGUAUGAAUCGGUCAAUCCCAAUGGCAUAUGUGUAAGCAUACUUGAGCUUUGGAAGUUAUACAACGCCUGA